AAAAUAAAACGAGACGGAGCGAGCGAGAGCGAGAGAGACAGAGCAGGGAAGCGAAUUCUGUAGAGCUCAAUUUUGCGUAAACGAAGAAAGAAAGGUCGGCGGAGAGAGAGAGAGAGAGAGAGAGAGAGAGAGAGAGAGAGAGCAGGCGAUGGCGACGGUGGCGAUGGACGUGUCGAAGGGGCCUCCGGUGGCGGUGGCGCCGGCAGGUGCGGCGGAGGGCGAGAUCCGGUCGCCGCCUGUGAAGGUGAGGGGGGGCGGAGGAGAAGGGCUUCGGCAGUAUUACAUGCAGCACAUCCACGAUCUCCAGCUCCUGCUGCGGCAGAAGACCCACAACCUCAACCGCCUCGAGGCCCAACGCAACGAUCUCAACUCCCGAGUGAGAAUGCUCCGAGAGGAGUUGCAGCUACUUCAGGAACCUGGCUCAUACGUUGGGGAGGUAGCGAAGGUUAUGGGGAAAUCAAAGGUUUUAGUCAAGGUCCAUCCAGAAGGCAAGUAUGUUGUGGAUAUCGAUAAGAGUAUCGAUAUAACAAAGAUCACUCCAUCAACAAGAGUUGCUCUUCGGAAUGAUAGUUAUGUGCUUCACCUGAUCUUGCCCAGUAAAGUUGAUCCUUUAGUCAAUCUAAUGAAGGUUGAAAAGGUUCCUGAUUCUACCUAUGACAUGAUCGGUGGCCUUGACCAGCAAAUUAAAGAGAUUAAGGAGGUUAUUGAGCUUCCAAUCAAACAUCCUGAAUUGUUUGAAAGUCUUGGAAUUGCUCAGCCAAAGGGCGUCUUGCUUUAUGGGCCACCAGGUACAGGAAAAACUUUGCUGGCCAGAGCAGUAGCUCAUCACACUGAUUGCACGUUUAUUAGGGUUUCUGGUUCUGAGUUGGUUCAGAAGUACAUUGGGGAAGGUUCUAGAAUGGUCCGAGAACUUUUCGUGAUGGCUAGGGAGCAUGCACCUUCAAUUAUCUUCAUGGAUGAAAUCGAUAGUAUUGGAUCUGCUAGGAUGGAAUCUGGCUCUGGAAAUGGUGAUAGCGAAGUGCAACGUACUAUGCUCGAGCUUCUUAAUCAACUUGAUGGAUUCGAAGCAUCAAAUAAAAUUAAAGUUCUGAUGGCUACAAACAGGAUUGAUAUCUUGGAUCAAGCCCUCCUCAGGCCCGGCCGCAUAGACAGAAAAAUUGAAUUCCCUAACCCUAACGAAGAGUCUCGUUUUGAUAUCCUAAAAAUUCACUCGAGGAAGAUGAACUUGAUGCGAGGGAUUGAUCUUAAGAAGAUAGCAGAGAAGAUGAAUGGGGCAUCUGGAGCAGAACUAAAGGCUGUGUGCACAGAAGCAGGCAUGUUCGCACUGAGGGAGAGAAGAGUUCAUGUGACGCAAGAGGAUUUUGAGAUGGCUGUGGCCAAAGUAAUGAAGAAGGAGACGGAAAAGAAUAUGUCCCUUCGGAAGUUGUGGAAGUAGAAUCUGUUCCUCCCUUUCAUUCUUUUCUUCAAAAACAUUUGUGCUCUUUCGUAGUGGAACUCUCUGUAGUAUAUUUCGCUAGCUCAUCGACACUUGCUAUUUGUGUUGAUUAUGGAAAUGCUGAUGUUAUAGAUAGAUGGUUUUACUACUUGAAAUUUAGACUGACAAAACGGAAUUUACGAUCCUAUGUGUUUAAAUUAAUUGUUUAUUUUGAGUGUAUUGUGUAAUCAUGCUUUGUAACCGUGCAAGUUACGUAGUUCGAGGACAAAAGAUCAAUAAAUACAUAUGCAGUGGCUUGAUUAA